CUGAGAAUGAAUAACGUUUUCCGAAUGUAAAGCUUUCCUUCGCACUUCAUCAACAAAUUUACUCAGUUCCUGACUUUAGUCUCACUGAAGAGUUUAAACGAAUAGGUACUAUUCAAACAUAAUUAUUUAAUAUCUUUAAAAUGACGAAAAAACGAUCCAAAAAUCAAAAUGGUCGUAAACAAAAAACUCACAUUGAUGAAGAGAGUUCUGAUACUCUCAAUGGUCAUAAACAAAAAACUCACAUUGACAAAGAGAGUUCUGAUACUCUCAAUCAGAUAAAACGAAGAUACGAAAAAAUUGAAAAACAAAGAAAAAAUGAACUUGUUACAGAUGCUACCAAACCCAAAAGCGAACGAUUCUACGAUGAACUUCCGAGUGAUAUACCGAGAAAAGAUCUUUUGCAUAAUAAUCCAUUAUACAGUCUUAGAGAUGAGACGAAUUUAGUGCGGAUUCAUAAGCCAUUGACAAAAUUUAGAAUUGGUUAUGAUUGGCUAAGACAGUCCAAAGUUAUCGUUUGCGUCCUUUGUUUUUCAUUGAGUUAUCUUAUAGCAACUGUAUUCCUAAGCCUGUGUAUGCUCAGUGCGAUAACAUCUAUUUUUGAUCCUGAGGACAUCGUACAAUUUAUCAAUAACUUGAAAAAUAUGUUCAGAUAAGCUGAAACAAAAGUACUCAAUGUAAAAAUUUAAGCCAAAAAUGCACUCAAAACACGUUGACUCUUUAUUUAUCGAUUGCUUUUGUAGAGAAAUUAAUUAAUUGAGUUAAUACAUACACAUGUGUUAAAUAAGACCACCCCAAUAAAACAUAAUUUAUAUUGUGGCUCAUUA